UGAUUGGCAACCCCAGCGAGCAAUUAUUCCUUUCCUUCUUCCGACGACCUGAAGACGACCUCUCUUCUUCGCUUGCAGAUCUCGUGAUCUCCGUCUCUCUGUCUGUAUUUGAUACAACGAUUUCAUUUCUGUCUUCCAUCCUAUCAAUCCAAUUCCUUUAUUCCCCUCGUGGGCACUUCUCUGCCCGCAGCCGCCAGAUCUCCAUGGCCUGGACGGACCUAGAACGCCCCGCUUCGCAUUUUUCGAUCUGACGCCGCCGCUGCAUGCGCCGUCUCCCCGAAGCAGGAUCUAGCGGCGGGGGGCCGUCUUUGCGUCUAUCUUCUUAGUGUUUGCACGGCCGAUCUCGUAUAGCGAUUGAAGCGAAUGUCUGAGUAGUGCGGGAAGGGCGGGGUGGCAUCUAGGGUUCUUGUUUGGGGUUCGGGAUGGCUCCCGCCGCCGAGGCGUCCGACGGGAAAUGGUACACUGGAAUGUCCUCGGAUAACAUCAAGGGGUUGGUCCUCGCAUUGUCUUCUAGCUUAUUCAUCGGCGCCAGUUUUAUCGUCAAGAAGAAGGGACUCAAGAAGGCCGGCGCUUCCGGAGUCAGAGCUGGGGCUGGCGGGUAUUCUUACUUGUAUGAACCACUUUGGUGGGUAGGCAUGAUAGCAAUGAUUGUUGGGGAAGUUGCUAAUUUUGCAGCAUAUGCAUUUGCUCCUGCCAUUCUAGUAACUCCUCUUGGUGCUCUAAGCAUAAUCAUCAGUGCUGUACUUGCACAUGUCAUUUUACAGGAAAGGUUACAUAUUUUUGGCAUCCUUGGCUGUGCUCUUUGUGUUGUGGGAUCGACUACAAUUGUGCUUCAUGCACCUCAAGAGCGUGAAAUUGAGUCUGUGGCAGAAGUCUGGGAUCUGGCAACUGAACCAGCUUUUUUGUUCUAUGCAAUAACUGUGCUUGUAGCAGCCUUGAUACUUGUAAUCCAUUUUGUCCCUCGAUAUGGGCAAACACAUAUUAUGGUCUACAUCGGCAUUUGCUCUCUUGUUGGAUCACUCUCGGUUAUGAGUGUGAAAGCUCUUGGAAUUGCUCUAAAGUUGACAUUUUCUGGAAUGAACCAAUUGAUUUAUCCCCAAACUUGGGUAUUCACAGUUAUAGUUGUUUCAUGUGUCGCUACCCAAGUGAAUUAUCUCAACAAGGCUCUUGAUACAUUUAACACUGCAGUUGUGUCACCCAUAUACUAUGUGAUGUUUACAUCAUUGACCAUUCUGGCCAGUGUGAUUAUGUUCAAGGACUGGGAUCGACAAAAUCCCACACAGAUUGUCACAGAGAUGUGUGGCUUUGUCACUAUUCUUUCCGGGACAUUUCUUCUUCACAGGACCAAGGACAUGGCAGAUGGUUCGCAUCACUCUGGCCGCCUUUCAAAAUACUUCAACAGUGAAGAUGACGAUACCUCCGGCAACAACGAUGGCUAUUCCUCCGGAGCCACUCCUCUCAGGUCUCCUGACUCAUUUUGGCAGCCAUGAGGUGGUAACUUUUGUUUUAGCUCUGUACUUGAGUACCCCUGCGUCAUGAAUGUUAGUGUACCAAGGGAAUGUUGCUUCCUUUUAAAUUAGAAAACUGUAAAGAUUUUUAGACCACGAAGCACAGUUUGAGACCCUGUAGACGAGAGUGAGAAGAGAGAGCGAUUGCUAAAAUGGAAAGGGGAAAUUACAUUUUGUUAAAUAUGUAAUUUAAAUACGUUUUCGAGAAAAUUAGUUCCUGUGAGACA